AUGAAACGGCGCAGGAAGCAGGAGCUGAAGGCCGCACGCGAGAAGAAUCCCCGACCGGACUUGGACCAACGGGUGUCGCGGAAGAAAUGUCGGCUGAAGAAGCCGAAGCGAAGUGGGUGCUUCGUGAUAGGCGGACCCAAAUGGCCACCAGCAGCCCCGGUCAAGUUGACGGAGGAAGACGAAGACGGCAGUGACGCGGAAGGAGAUGACGGAGACGACGACUACGACUAUGGCGGAGGUGAAGACGCGCAAGACGACGGCAACGGCGAAGACGAAGAAGGAAGCAACGACGACCACAUCGAGGAGGACGACGGCGGAGAGGCGAGCGGAAGACAAACUGCGACGGAGACGCCCGGGCCGACGGCGGAACAGCAGGACAACCAAGCCCAGAGUGCCACGCGCCAAUGGUUGAUCCAUCACGUCCCUGUGGGCGAGGCGGCACCGUGGCCUACGGACAUCCGACAGACGCUCACGAUGUUGAACAUGGACAACAUAUCGUUCCGAAUGGACGGUGCGCGGGAGGAGAAAUGCGGCUGCGUAGGAAGAUGCUUUCUUGGUUGCUGCAGGAAUGCCCGCGAGGCGCAAGUUUGUGAGGCCGAGACCUGUUCGGUAGGGGCCAAGGGUUGUGAAAACCGGUUCCGUCAGCGACGGCUGACCCUGAAGCGGACCGACAUGGGGCUGGGGGUGUUCGCAGCCCGCUCGAUCCGAGCGGGCGACGUCGUGUGCCAUUACUACGGGAAGUAUGCACAUGAAGUAUCCCCGUACGCCCAUUACACGAUCGAGCUGACGGAGAGGGACGCCAACGGGUGGCGAGUGUAUGUGUGCGCUGAGGACUGCGGCUCGAUCGCGCGGUCAUAG